CACAGAGUCUGAGGCCCCAGCGAGAGCAGGACCAGCGCAGCACCACGGUUCACUGGAUGGGCUCCCUGUCCUGUCUCAGCCGGUGUCUCUCCUGGAAGAGAAUCAUGGCUGUGUUUUUCCUGCCACUUGCCUUAUCAGGCCUUAUUCCUCAUAUUCAAUAUGGAGAGUAUAUGUUGUCUAAAACAGGUCGGCCUCAGUCCAGGUACAACUGGUCUCACCUGACUCCUCUCAAGCUGAAGAACAGAUCUGUGGGUCUUGGCAUCGCAAACACAGGUGGGAAAGCAGCACAUUUCACCCUGGAAGGUCACAAGUUCCUGAUCUUUGGGGGCUCCAUCCACUACUUUCGGGUGCCCAGGGAGUACUGGAGAGACCGCUUGCUGAAGCUGAAGGCCUGUGGCUUCAACACCCUCACCACCUACAUCCCGUGGAAUCUCCAUGAGCCAGAAAGAGGCAAAUUCGACUUCUCAGGGAACCUGGACCUGGAGGCCUUUGUCCUGAUGGCUGCAGAGAUUGGGCUGUGGGUGAUUCUGCGACCAGGCCCCUACAUCUGCAGUGAGAUUGACCUUGGGGGCUUGCCCAGCUGGCUUCUACAAAACCCCAAUUUGCAGUUGAGAACCACAAACAAGGACUUUGUCCGAGCAGUUGAUACAUAUUUCAAUCACCUCAUCCCCAGGAUGGUCCCUCUUCAGUAUCACCAGGGCGGCCCUGUCAUCGCUGUGCAAGUGGAAAAUGAAUACGGCUCCUUUAAUAAGGACAAGAGCUACAUGGCAUAUCUCAAGGAGGCCCUAUUGGAAAGAGGGAUUGUAGAGCUGCUCCUGACCUCGGAUAGUGAGGACAAAGUUGUUAAUGGCUCCAUCCAAGGAGAACUGGCCGCUGUCAAUCUGAGAUUCCUUAGGAAGAAUUCCUUUCUUCAGCUUCGCCAACUACAGUCGAAUAAGCCCAUCCUGAUUAUGGAAUAUUGGAUUGGCUGGUUUGACAGAUGGGGAUAUAGACACUCUGUGACACAUGUGAAAGAAGUUGAACAUACUGUGUCAGCAUUUAUCAAAUAUGAGCUCUCUUUCAAUGCCUACAUGUUCCAUGGUGGAACCAACUUUGGUUUUAUGAAUGGUGCUUCCUAUAUUCAGAAGCACGUAGGGGUGGUGACUAGCUAUGACUAUGAUGCUGUGUUGACAGAGGCUGGGGAUUACACAGAAAAAUAUUUCAAGCUUCGACACCUUUUUGGAUCUGUUUCAGCAAAACCCCUUCCCAGCUCACCUCAUCUUACUCCCAAGACUGUAUAUCCUGCUGUGAGACCAUCACUCUACUUGCCACUAUGGGAUGCCCUACAGUACCUAGAUGAGGCAGUCAAGUCAGUUAUUCCAAUCAACAUGGAGAAUCUUCCAAUAAACAAUGGCAGCGGUCAAUCCUUUGGCUUUAUCCUUUAUGAGACUUCCAUAUGUUCUGGAGGCAUUCUUUAUGCUGAAGCUCAUGAUGUGGCACAGGUGUUUGUGAAUAACAUAAUUAUAGGAUUUCUGAGUGAUAAAGUUCAGAAAAUGCGUAUUCCUAAGUUCAAGGGUUGUCAACUUCUGAGGAUCUUAGUGGAGAAUCAAGGACGAAUCAGUUAUUCAUGGAGAAUUCAAGAAGAGAAGAAAGGAUUAGUUGGAUCUGUUAGCAUCAAUGGCAUCUCCCUGAAAAAUUUCACCAUCUAUCCUCUAGAAAUGAAAAAGAGCUUCUUUGAAAGGCUCCGCUUUGCUACCUGGAAGCCGGGUCCAGAGAGCUAUUUAGGCCCUGCUUUCUAUAAAGGGAUAUUGAAGGCUGGCUCCUCUCCUGUGGAUACCUUCCUUAGCUUGCCAGGCUGGAAUUGUGGGUUCGUAUUUGUCAAUGGCCAUAACCUUGGGCGCUAUUGGAAGAUUGGACCACAGGAAUCACUUUACCUUCCUGGUGUCUGGCUUCACCCGGAAGACAAUGAAAUUAUCCUGUUUGAGAAGAUAAGGCGUGGCUUGUCUAUCAGAUCUAGAGGGAAGCCCAAGCUGAAACUGUUCUGAAACAUAUUUUGGAUUAUUGAAGUUCAUUUGUAACUAGUUCCUCAGGAAGAAGAUAGUUAAGAAUCUCCAGCACACGGCAUUGCCAACAAUAGUGAUAAAUGUAAAAUUAACUUUAAAACUCAGCUGGGUGGUGCAUAUUUUCACGUUUUAACAAGUCUUCAAAAUCAUCAGUUACUUAUUAUAUCUAGCUAAAUAUAUAAUCAUUAAUGGUUUAUUAUCUGAUCAAAUAUGCCUGUAUGUAGGCAGAUAUGAAUAAAAUAACAAAUUAUGGUUCUGCUGAUGGAGAUGUGGGGAAAAUGUUAUCCUCAUACAAUGUCGAUGGAAAUGUAAAUUAGGGAAAUCACUAUGGAAGUAAGUACAGAGGUUCCUAAAAC